UUUAUUGGAAAGGAAGCAUACAGAAAUGGCAUUAUUAAAUGUAACGUGAUAAAAAGUGAUAAGCCUAAUAAUAAGAAUACACGAACAAGUAAUCCUAGGUUCGUUCCAGGAACAAAAACAAUUAUUUUCAAAAACGGAAUUAUUUUAAAUGGAAAAGGAGAAAAGAUUUUAGGUGAUAUCAUCUUAAAAAACGGAUUGAUUCAUGCUAUCGGACAGAACCUUUCAGAUGAGGAUGAAGCUAUUGUAAUUGAUGUUAAGAAGAAAUACAUUACUCCUGGGCUCGUUGAUAUGCACAGCCAUGCUGCUAUUGCGUCUUGGCCAUCUUUAAUUGCUACUGAUGAUGCUAGUGAAAUUUCCUAUCCGCUUACACCUUAUGUUCGUACGCAAGAUGGCAUCAACCCGAGUGAUCCAGAAAUUCGAAUAAUUGCAUCUGGUGGUGUUACAACUUCAUUAGUUUUACCUGGUAGUUUGAGUUUAAUGGGCGGUGAAGCUUUCGUUAUCAAGAUGAGACAAGUUGAUACUGUUUCAGUGGACGAUAUGGGAAUUAAUGCAAACGUUGAUACAAAGAAGGAAAGAGUUUGGCGCUGGUUGAAAAUGGCUUGUGGUGAAAAUCCAAAGGAAUUUUUCGGUUCUCGUAAGCAAAUCCCCAGCACACGAUUAGGAGAAGCAUGGCUUUUCCCAAAAUUAAGUAAUGGCGAACAAUUGAACUCAUAUUUUCCAGAGGACCUUCAACUCGAGAGUUUGGUGGCAUUAUUAAGAGGGGAUGCGAAGUUAAAUCUUCACUGUCUUGAGACAUUCGAUGUGGAAACAAUAAUUCGAAUUUCCUUGGAAUUUAAUUUUACUAUUGCGGCCAUACAUCAUGCGUCAAGUGCUUAUAUGAUUACUGAUAUUAUUAAAAAACGAGCAAAAAAUAAUAUUACCAUUGCAACAUUUUCUGAUAUGUGGGGACAUAAAAAGGAAUUAUUUCAAGCUAGUACAAAGACGCCCAAAAUUUUUGCAGAUGCGCAAAUUCCUGUAGCUUUGAAAACCGAUCAUCCUAUAACAAAUGCGAAACAUUUGGCAUAUGAAGCUGCCAAAGCUUAUCAUUAUGGACUUGAUGAGCAUCAUUCUCUUGCGGCCAUUACAUCAGUGCCCGCAAAAGCACUUGGCCUAGAUCAUCGAAUUGGUCAAAUUUCUUUAGGAUAUGAUGCUGAUGUUGUGGUUUGGGAUUCUCAUCCCCUUUCAUUGGGCGCAACACCAUUAGAAGUAUAUAUUGAUGGAAUUCCUCAAUUUAAAACUUCUUUAAGCGUGCUUAGCAACGAAACACCAAAACAAUCCCUAUCAGAUAAUAUACCAAAAUCCAAUUUUGUCAGGAAGCCUGGUAAAUCACGGACAGCUUCCUCAGCCAUAUUAAAAAAUAUUGACAGAAUUUACGUUGAUAAAAAUCACACAUAUUCAUCGGUAGAAGGGAAUAUUAGCAUCAUAGUCAAAGAUGGCAUUAUUGAAUGUAUUGGUAUUAAUUGCAUAAUACCAAGUAAUAUCUCAUCGUAUGAAAUCAUUGAUUUAAAUGGUGGCUAUGUAAUACCAGGAAUUAUUGCUUUUGGUCCUGCUUUAGGAUUAGCAGAGAUCGAAAUAGAAUCCUCUGCAAGUGAUGGGCAAGUGGUUCCUAUAAACAAUCCAUAUGAUGAAGAUAUUAUAUUUGCAAUAGAUGGAUUAAAAUUAGGUGGAAAGCAUUUAGAAGCAGCAUAUAAAGCUGGAGUACUUACAGCU